AUGUUGGACGUCAAUGAAUACGAUUUAGACGGCUAUGACACGAGCACGGCGUACGCUGAGCUCACCACCAUCACUGCAAAUGACGAGUUUACGAACACAACUGCUCCUACGAACUCAACAUGGCCAGAUUACACCGCUGUAUGCACCACGGAGUCCUCGGACGAUUUCCUAUCAUCGCCCUUAUUCCAGUCGUGUGUUUACUUCAUGUACAGCAUAGUGUUUGUGAUAGCCCUUUUAGGGAACGGGCUGGUGUGUUUCGUAGUGCAAACGUCCCCGCGUAUGAAGACAGUGACGAAUUAUUUUAUAGUGAAUUUAGCUGUGGGUGAUAUUCUGAUGACGUUGUUUUGCGUGCCGUUCUCUUUUGUGUCGAUGUUGGUGCUUCGGUAUUGGCCGUUUGGGGCAGUAAUGUGUAAAGUGGUGAACUUCUCUCAGGCUGUGUCUGUGUUGGUGAGUGCGUAUACGCUGCUGGCGAUCUCUAUCGACCGGUACAUGGUGAUCAUGCACCCGUUAAGGCCGCGGUUGGGCAAGACCGCGGCGAAGCUGGUGGUGGCUGCGGUGUGGGGCGGAGCCCUAGCCACCGCGGCCCCGAUCCCCAUCGUGUCGCAGGUGCAGAGGCCGACGGAAUGGCAUCGGAUAUGCGAAACGGAUAUUUGCCUCGAACAGUGGGGUCGUCCCGAGCAGAGCGAGCAUUACACGUGCGCGCUAUUGGCGCUACAGUUUAUGCUGCCGCUGAGCGCGCUAGUGUGCACAUACGCGCGGAUAGCGCACGUCGUGUGGGGCGGCCGCCCGCCUGGGGAGGCGCAGUCGGCAAGGGACUCGCGUAUGCAGCGGUCUAAAAGAAAAAUGAUCAAGAUGAUGGUGACCGUGGUGGCCGUGUUCACGAUCUGCUGGCUGCCCCUCAACGUGUUUAUUAUCCUAUGGUCGGUGCACAGCGACGAGAUCAGCUGGGCGUCGUGGCCGGGCAUGCCGUACGUGUGGUUCGCGAGCCACUGGCUGGCCAUGUCGCACUCCUGCUACAACCCCAUCAUUUACUGCUACAUGAAUACCCGCUAUAGAAGAGGGUUUAAACAGGCCAUAGGCUGGGUGUUCCGCGUCCGAGUGGACCCGCCCUCGCAGUCCUGCCACCGCUACAGCAUGUGCGACGGAAUGCCUAUGUCAGAGAUGGUGGGAGUGAACGGUAUCACGCGGCGCGCUACCAGCAGCAGUGGCGUCAGCAGGCUGCAACGUGCUCCCACGUGCUCAUCGUGCGCGUCGUUCCGGCGCGUGCAAGGCACGACACUCACGCGCACGCCGAACGUGCCCGUGCGCGCGCUGUCUGUGCGCACGCACUUCAACUAAGACUAGACUAUAAGCAGUAUAGACUAACGUCAGGCCAUUAAAUUAAACAUUUUAGUUGUCUCUAUUCACGAAGGCGAGUGAGCUAUAGAUGUGUGGUGGCUCGCUACUCUUCGUUUUUCCAAAGUUUUGAUAGACAUUACACUAUCGUUAUGUGCAUGUACACGUACACACACAAGUAAAGCUCACUCGCCUUCGCGAGUUGCAAGAACUAUACUCAGUUACCUAUUAGGUGUAGCGCUUAAGUCAGUGACUGAGGUAUGACAGUGACACGGGAAGGGUGACAUUGACAAAUUAUGACGUGACAGCCCUGAAGGAGAUUUGAAGCCUCGCUGACGCUAGCACCCUCUCGUGCAUGCCGCUCCCAUACCUCGGACUAGUUAGGUAUUACUUAUAGUUUUUACAUAAAAUUAUGUAACUGAGCUGAACCAUAAACUUUAAACUUGUCAUAAAUUCUA